AUGAAGGAGAUACAGACAGAGAUGGGAGUGAAGAAAGACGACAACGACGGCGAUGGCGAAGAUGGGGACGACGGUGGUGGCGAUGAGGAUGACGACGAUGACAACAAGGACGACGAUGAGGUCGAUGAGGACAGUGAGGACGACGGUGAAGACGAUGAGGACAACGACGGGGACGACGAGGACGACGAGGAGUACGAGAGUCUGGCGAUUCACUGA